AUGGAGAAAUCGUCUAAUGGCGACAGAGAUCACUGCUCGAUCAGUGACAAUAUCUACCCUUCAGCUCCGGCUCCUCUUAAACAGCCUUUCGUGAUCGGUGUCGCCGGAGGAACCGCCUCCGGGAAGACGACGGUCUGCAACAUGAUCAUGUCUCAGUUACACGAUCAACGCGUCGUGCUUGUGAACCAAGAUUCGUUUUAUCAUUCGCUCAGCGAGGAAAAACUGAAGAACGCUCGCGAAUACAAUUUCGAUCAUCCUGACGCAUUCAACACGGAGGUUCUGCUUUCGUGUAUGGAGAAGUUAAGAUCUGGAGAGCCAGUGAACAUCCCGAGUUACGAUUUCAAAAUCCACAAAAGCAUCGAAUCGGCAAGUCCGGUUAAUCCCGCUGACGUAAUCAUCUUAGAAGGAAUACUUGUUCUUCACGAUCCUCAAGUCCGUGAUCUCAUGAACAUGAAGAUCUUCGUCGACACAGAUGCUGAUGUACGUCUCUCAAGAAGAAUACAGCGUGAUACAGUCGAGAGAGGAAGAAACAUCCAAAACGUUCUUGAACAGUAUACGAAGUUUGUGAAGCCGAGCUUUGAUGAAUAUAUCCAGCCGUCGAUGAAAUAUGCUGAUAUAAUCAUUCCUAGAGGAGGAGACAAUGAUGUUGCGAUUGAUCUCAUCGUGCAACAUAUCCGUACGAAGCUGUGCCAGCACAAUCUCUGUAAGAUAUAUCCGAACAUCUUCAUCAUUUCUUCUACCUUCCAGAUCAAAGGAAUGCACACUCUUAUCCGCGACAUUAACACCACAAAGCACGAUUUCGUCUUCUACGCUGACCGAUUGAUUCGGCUGGUUGUGGAACAUGGACUUGGUCAUCUUCCUUUUACUGAGAAACAGAUAACCACUCCAACAGGGUCAGUGUACACUGGAGUCGACUACUGCAAGAGAUUGUGUGGCGUCUCAGUUAUCAGAAGUGGAGAAAGCAUGGAGAAUGCUCUAAGAGCCUGCUGCAACGGAAUCAAGAUUGGUAAAAUUCUCAUCCACAGAGAGAAUAACGAUGGUCGUCAGUUAAUAUAUGAGAAGCUACCAAAAGAUAUCUCAAGCAGACAUGUCUUCCUACUUGACCCUGUUCUAGCUUCAGGAAACUCUGCAGUGAAAGCUAUAUCAUUGCUUAUAAGCAAGGGAGUUCCAGAAUCACAUAUCAUCUUUCUCAACCUUAUAGCAGCACCACAAGGGAUUCACGCGCUCUGCAAGAAGUAUCCAAUGGUGAAGAUCGUGACUUCGGAAAUCGACGCUUCACUGAAUGAAGACUCGCGUGUGAUUCCAGGAAUGGGAGAGUUUGCAGACCGUUACUUUGGUACAGACAAUUACAUUAACUCAAAGAUAUCAACCUGGUCUGGAAAUCUCAAACUGUCCUCUUCUAUAGGUUCUUAA